GUCCAGAUGCACCUGCCGCCGUUUUUGAAGAGUCUGCAAACUAAGCACACUCAGGAUGUCCACGCUGACUUCUCCCAUCUGCUGAGCCAGCUGAACAAGGCCGACGCUCCGUACGCCCUGAGUGUGGCCAACCGGCUGUUCGGAGAGCAGUCCUACCAGUUUUUACAGGAUUACCUGCAACAAACCAGGAAGCACUACAACGCAGAGCUGGAGGCGUUGGACUUCGUUCAGAACUCUGAAGCAGCCCGAGUYCACAUCAACAGCUGGGUGGAGAAGCAGACACAAGAUAAAAUUAAAGAUAUUCUGGGUAAGGGUGCGGUGGACGGCAUGACCAAGCUGGUGCUGGUCAACGCCAUCUACUUCAAAGGCAACUGGAACAAACAGUUUGAUGUGAGCGCCACCCGGGACACGCCCUUCAAACUCAACAAGAAUGAAACAAAGACGGUGAAGAUGAUGCACCUGAAGUCCAAGUUCCCCAUGACCUUCAUCUCUGAGGCCAGCUGUCAGAUCCUGGAGAUGCCCUACAAAGGGAAGGAGCUCAGCAUGCUCAUCCUGCUGCCCACCAGCAUGGAGGACAGCUCCACGGGUCUGGAGAAGGUGGAGAAGCUGCUGACGUAUGAGAAGUUCACGGAGUGGACCCGYCCGGACAUGAUGGACGAGGUGGAGGUCCAGGUGGGCCUGCCCCGCUUUAAGCUGGAGGCCAAGUACGACUUGAAGAGCGUCCUGGUCAGCAUGGGCAUGAGGGACGCCUUCGACAUGGGACAGAGCGACUUCUCUGGCAUGUCCUCCUCCAACGACCUGUACCUGUCCCAGGUGUACCACAAAGCCUUCGUGGAGGUGAACGAGGAGGGGACGGAGGCGGCUGCAGCCACGGCGGCCGUCAUGAUGCUGCGCUGCGCCCUGCGGCCCGCCACCUUCAUCGCAGACCACCCCUUCCUCUUCUUCAUCAGACACAACCCGUCCAGCAGCGUCCUGUUUGCCGGUCGUUACUGCUCUCCUCAGUGAGGGCCGACACCUGCUGCAGCUUCAAGUGUUGCUUUUCUUCAGUGCCUUCUUUAAACCGCCUGUUUCACCUGGUUUAUCCUUUAAACACGUUUAACCUUCACAAUAACACACCUGUUCUCACCUGGCAGCUCACUUCUCUUUGCACUUUAUCCACAACCUUUCCUGUAAUCAUGUCCAGCUUCAGCUGAAACAGAGUGAUGAGAAGAUGACCGUAGUGACGGAGCAGUGAGAAAAUAAACUCAUGUUUACUGUUAGAAGAAUUAACAGGAARCAGGUGUGUCAGGAAAUGUAUUCCUGCUCCUUUACAAAUAAAAUAAAACCAUAUUUGGAUU